CCUGUGUCAAAGGGGAAAGGUCGAGAGGUUAGACACAGUCAGUGCCGACAGAAACUGCACAGGAAGAAAAUUGCUCGGUUGGAUUACCCGAAAAAUCCGGUUAUUUGAGUUUUUGUGUGCCUCGCGUGUGAGCAAUGAAUAUUGUUUAGACGAGUUGCGGGCAGAGAUUCCGGUGGGGAUCCAGGAUCUGAAACUCAUGUAAGUAAGGUGGGAUAUAUGAAGGUAGAAGAGGAGGACUCCCCCGAAGAUGAGGCGACUGAACCGGAAGAAAGCCCUCAACCUGGUCAAGGAGCUGGACGCUUUUCCGAAGGUUCCCGAAAGCUACGUGGAGACGACGGCCAGUGGAGGCACAGUGUCUCUGCUAGCCUUUACAGCCAUGGCUUUGCUGGCCUUCAUGGAGUUCUUUGUGUAUCGGGAUACCUGGAUGAAAUACGAGUAUGAAGUUGACAAGGACUUUUCUAGUAAAUUAAGAAUCAAUAUAGAUAUUACAGUUGCAAUGCGAUGCCAGUAUGUUGGAGCAGAUGUGUUAGACCUAGCAGAAACCAUGGUAACCGCAUCAGAUGGACUGGAGUAUGAGCCAGUGGUGUUUGAACUGUCUCCCCAGCAAAGACUGUGGCAAAGGAUGCUCCUCCUCAUACAGAACAGGAUGAGAGAAGAGCACUCACUUCAGGACGUCCUGUUCAAGAAUGUUUUGAAGGGGGCUUCCACAGCCCUGCCUCCUCGAGAAGACACUCUUUCACAGCCUCCCAAUGGCUGCAGGAUACACGGGCACCUUUAUGUCAAUAAAGUAGCAGGGAACUUUCACAUUACAGUGGGCAAGGCUAUUCCUCACCCACGGGGCCACGCUCAUCUAGCAGCUCUUGUGAGCCACGAGACCUACAACUUCUCACAUCGAAUAGACCAUUUGUCUUUUGGAGAGGAAAUUCCAGGAAUCAUUAAUCCCUUGGAUGGAACAGAAAAAAUUUGUUCUGACCACAACCAGAUGUUCCAGUAUUUCAUCACAAUAGUGCCAACGAAGCUCAAGACAUACAAGAUCUCCGCCGACACUCAUCAGUACUCGGUCACCGAGAGGGAGCGGGUGAUAAACCAUGCCUUGGGCAGCCACGGAGUUUCAGGGAUCUUCAUGAAGUACGACAUCAGCUCCCUGAUGGUGACGGUGACGGAGCAGCACAUGCCUCUCUGGCAGUUCCUCAUCCGCCUGUGUGGCAUCGUCGGGGGGAUCUUCUCCACCACAGGCAUGGUCCAUGGACUUGUGGGCUUCUUGGUUGACGUUGUCUGCUGUCGAUUUAAGCUGGGUGUUUACAGGCCGAAGGAAGUGGCUCUCUCCGAUGGUCACAUGAAUAACCACAGCCCCGCUGCGGUGGAAAACAGCACACAUUAACAGGGGGCGAGAAACGCCCACUUCUCUGGGACUUCCUCACGAUGUUUUUUGAUGUAAGAAUGCAAAUUUUCCGAAGGCGCUGGAGUAAAACCUUUUUAAAUCAAUUGGGUACUCUUUUGUACAUUCGAAUUUUCGUACAAGGUGGAUGGGAGCACACCGUUCAGAAAACAUGAAAUAGUGUUGCUGGAGUCCAUGAAAUGGCAUUGCCCCCUUGGUGUUUGUGGGGAGCCUCUUCCUCCUCUUUUACCUUUAGAAGAACUGCAACCCCAAUUUCCGAACAUGCCAGUAAAUUUUCCAGAUAUCGUGAUGUCUUUCAUAUCUUUUCCUGCGAAUAGAAUUUUCUUUUGGCUCGCCGAAGGACCAGCGCAGUGGGCCGCUGUAGUCGGUGACAAUGACUCUGUGUUAAUUUAUUUUAAUGUGUUGGUUGCAGUGUCCUUGCUGGUUUGUCGCCUGCAGUCAACAAUUUGUAGCGAGGUCGGGAGGAAGAAAUAUUCAUUGUCAAAUAAGUGCUGAGUCCCUUUUCCACAAAAUACUAGGAAAAUCUCUUGGAUAUUUUAACAGUUUCUCCUGCUGUAUAUUUAUAAACGACUUCCAGUACCAUCUGCAA